UAUUCGACGAAGCGCGUCCGCCAUUUUGAUGCGCCGAAAGUGGGGAUGUUAGUGAGCAGCAAGUCCAGGCUUUAUUUUACAAGAAAUUUACGAAAGUACCCCGCAAACAAAAAAUAAACUGUAACAAGUGGAACGUUGACAAACUGUACAUAAUUUAGUGACGGAAACUUCAUAGAAAGUGAAAGUGCUUGUGUUUACUGAAGUAAGAAAGCUCUCCAACUUGGAAUCCUAACAGCGUGGCUCUCUGGGCUUCCCUUUGUUUCUGUCACAGAUUAAUCAAAAAGUCCGGCAUCUCGGCAUCUUCAUGCAGUACCAUGAAGUCCAGUGCGAAACGCGCAGCGUGACCUGACCACACCGUGGGUCAUCGCUCACCCCCCUCUACCCACCUACCAACCAAUCCAUAGAGCAGUAACCAGAAGGUGGUGCGCGGCGGGUGAAAAAACCGCGUGCUCGCCGCGUCGUUUGAGCUUAGUGUCCCUCCGCGAAUAUUUAUUUCGUUUUUUUUUUAUGGUUUAACCGGGGCAGUAUUACGGCGUCCCCAACACCUUGACACAAUUUGGUUUAAUCUGUAAAUGGACAAACUCAAAAUGAUGGCAAAACGAGCCAGAUUUGACUCGCGACCGAUCGCAAACGGGCCGUUGCAAACGCGUCCAUUGGUCGCCCUGUUGGACGGUAGGGACUGUUCGAUCGAAAUGCCGAUCUUGAAAGAUGUCGCCACAGUGGCGUUUUGUGACGCGCAAAGUACAAGCGAAAUACAUGAAAAGGUACUGAAUGAAGCCGUGGGUGCGCUCAUGUGGCACACAAUAAUCCUCACAAAGGAGGAUCUCGAAAAAUUCAAAACUUUGCGCAUCAUAGUGCGCAUCGGUAGUGGCGUCGACAAUAUUGACGUUAAAGCCGCCGGCGAGUUGGGAAUAGCGGUAUGCAACGUACCCGGCUACGGAGUGGAGGAAGUCGCUGAUACGACUUUGUGUCUUAUUUUAAAUUUGUACAGGCGGACGUAUUGGCUAGCUAACAUGGUUAGAGAGGGAAAAAAAUUCACAGGACCCGAACAGGUUCGAGAGGCAGCCCAGGGCUGCGCGAGGAUACGAGGUGAUACCUUGGGAAUCGUAGGUUUGGGACGUAUAGGGUCGGCCGUAGCGCUCAGAGCAAAAGCGUUCGGAUUUAACGUGAUUUUCUACGAUCCGUAUCUGCCUGAUGGUAUUGAAAAGAGUCUGGGACUCACUCGGGUGUACACGUUGCAGGACUUAUUGUUCCAAUCUGACUGCGUGUCGUUACAUUGCACCCUGAAUGAGCACAAUCACCAUCUUAUAAACGAGUUCACGAUUAAGCAGAUGAGGCCGGGAGCAUUUCUUGUAAAUACAGCCAGAGGAGGACUAGUGGACGACGACGCGCUCGCACAGGCUCUUAAACAGGGUCGUAUUCGGGCCGCCGCACUAGAUGUACACGAGAACGAGCCCUACAACGUCCUGACCGGGCCACUGAAGGACGCCCCCAAUUUACUUUGUACCCCUCAUGCCGCGUUUUACAGCGACGCUAGUGCCACUGAGUUGCGUGAAAUGGCCGCCAGUGAGAUCAGGAGAGCUAUCAUGGGCAGGAUACCGGAGUGUCUCAGGAACUGCGUCAAUAAGGAGUAUUUCAUGGGACCCGGACAGUAUCCUGAAGUAUCGCCUGCAGGAGUAAACGGCGGUUACUACCAGGGAGGCGGCGCGUUGCCUGUGCAACAAGCACACUCGACGACGCCCCAUGAAGCGCCGCCACACACGGUGACACCGAGCGCCGCUCCACCGACGCCGCAACCGGCAGCCCCGCCCGUCGUCGGACCCCCCGUUCAGGUGCCUCCGCACGCUCUAGUGAGUACUUCUACCAGUGAAUACCAAUUUAGACAAGAAUCGCUUAUAAGUCCAUAGGCACAACAGAAUCAGCGGCGAACCACCACCCGCCAAAACCGGAACCGUCUGAGGUGCACUAACACUAGCGACACCGGGAGAAAACCACCCCGAAACGCGGGGCAGAAGCAGCAGGAGUGGUAAUUUGAGGAAGAAGUGCGAAAAAAAUAGAUCACGUUAUUAUUUUUUUUUAAUUCCUUUGUUCAUAUUAGACCUUGGUUUGAUACGGUAUACAUAUCGAAAAAAAAAAACGCUUUUCUUGAAAACAUUUACAUCACAACAGAUGGACAAUAGAUUAUGGUUUCUUUUUUAUUAAAAUCACUUUUUACAUUAUUUUUUCUGUCGGUUGGUUGAGUAUGGAAGAAUGGGACAGAGGCUCUGGGAAAGUUAUUGAAGUUAUCAAACGCGUUGUCAUUUUUGGCAUGGACUGUAAAAUAUUUGAGGUUUUUUUUAAAUAUAUUUUCUUGCCUGGACAAAAAUGACUGUAACUUUAAAUCAAGUAAUGUAUUAAUUCUGAAAAUGUUAACUUUCAAGCUUCAACCCCCUUCUUCUUGCACGCGACCGCAUUUCACAUACGCAAGACGAAUAACAUUAAUUGGUGAUUACAAUAUUUUUUAAUUAAAACAAUUAAUUUAGGUUUAGCAAAGUAUACUUGUAUGUAUUUUUUUUUGGUCACGAUGAUGUUUGUACAUAUUUUGUGUCAAGAUUAUUUUAAAAUUAACUUACGGACAUUGAAAUAUUAUUCUUCGAAAUUUUUGAGUGGUGGUGACGAAGAACGAAGGUAUUCUGUAAAGAAAUUUGUAAUUUGUUGAGAAAAUGCGUCCCUUUUCACGGUGUAUGGUGUAUGCAAUGUUUCUGUUAAUUCUACUUUAAUACGUAAUUAUUUUAUUUUUAUUCAAAGUACAAAUUUUCAUAUGGGUGGGAAUAUAAAUCUUAAUUUUCAAAGCUAAUGUUAAGGUUUAAUAAAUUGGAUAUUGGUAAUGUUGUCUCCACUCUAAGGUUUGAUAUAAUUGUCAAAUAUCAUUAUCAACUUCUUCUACAAGACCCUACCUAAGACUAAAUAAUUAAAGAAAUACAUAAAUUUUGCUUUAGAUAAGGUCCAGUGGUAACUUAACAAUUAGCUCUUUUGAUAUGCAGGCUUAAUAAGAAAAAAGUUUUAAAGGACAAAAGUGUCGCGGGAAAAUGUGAUCAAAGUAUGAGUCCAACCACUUGGCCGUUUUUCAAGACCAUUGUAAUUUUUUUACAUGGAUUUAAAAAAAUAUGCCGGAUUUGAAAGGUACGAGAAAUUUUAUGAAUGGUGUUUCAAGCGACAGAAAGGUUACAUAAAGGUCAACUUCGUCUUAAUAAUAGGUAUUUACUUGGGAACAGUAAAAUGGCUUUAGAUAAGAAUUGUCUAAGACGUUAAGUUAGCGCUAUUAAUCGAAAGCCGUGACAUUGAAAUUUUUAAGGUGAUUUCAAAGACGAGGCGUAUUUUGAAUUCGAACUUUCUAUGAUUCUUUAGCACACCUUUUCAUCUGGUAUAAAAAUUAGGGAGUUUUCUUCCAUAUUAAAAAUCUCUUAAACCUUAAUAAACCUACUCUUGCUUUGAUCUCCUUUGCCUCUGAUAGAUUUUAACUAACGUUGUUUGUGAUUGAAAUGGGACACUAUGUAACUAUUAAACCCUUAUGGCCAAAGAUUAUUUAACAUACCCAUUGUUCGCAAAAAAUUUUUUGUAAAAUUUCACGCGUGAAAAAAAGGCAUGGACAGCUUUAAGGAUAAAAAAGAGAUACCAUGACACAAUUUACGUUCCCCUUCCAUUACGAUCAAGAACUCCGCUGUCUUUUUGUUCAAUUAAAUAUAAUUCCUGUCGCUUGUCUUUUUUGGCGCAUGGGACUGUGUAAAUAUUUGUUACCGACCAAAUGCUUUUAUGACUAAAGGUAUUAAAAGAUACAACUUAAUUAACCUCCUGACGCAGGUUAAACUGCCAUCUUUUAACAUUACUUUGGAGGUCAUUCAAAGGUUGUAAUAAUUUUUGGGAGAUCUCCGAAUGAAUAGGCUUCCUCAAUUCUGUAGCAGUAUUUAGCGUGUUUAAACACGUUAUUUUUGUAAACUUCUUUUCCUAAAAUCCUGGAUUAGCAAUAUGGCCUGGACGGACAGUCGUUUUUCAUUGUAAAUUAUACAAAUAGAUCAGGCCCUAGGGAUAUAAAAAACAUUUAAAGGUGAACCUAAAUAGACAAAAAUAAGCUUGAGUGUUGUGUUUAGAACAAGUUUUUGAAAAUCCUUUGUUUUAUUGAGGUUCUGCUGUUGUUAAUAAAUUUUAAAGCGUUUUAGUAUUUAGCGUAAUUUUGCACUGAUUUUGUCGUUUAAAUAAGAGUCCAUAAAAUUCAGUUCUGUGAUAUGUGUCUUGAGAAAUUGCACUUUAAACUAUUGUUUUCUAAAUUCGUAAUUUCCUGUGUGUUCAAAACGAAGAUUUAAAGCUCACUUCAACCCGACUCACUUGUAACUGGUUCUUAAACAAAAUCGAAAAUGCCCUUUAAUGGCAAAUCAUAUGAAGGGUGUUUCCUUAAUAUUGAAAGGAAGCGAGUACCUUGAAUAAAAUUAAGAAGAGUUGCAAUAGAUCUAAUAUGUUGGAAACAGGGUCAUUUUUUAUGUUGGAAAUAGGGUCAUUUUUUAAGGGCGAGUCGAUGUUUAAAUGGAAUACACAGGAAAAAGGGAACACUUAACAACUUUUUUAAUUUUCAGAUAAAUAAAUGAAAUUUAGUAUAUAGAUUCAAUAGCCAGAAAAGCAUCUUUUGGCAUAUUUCGAUAUUUUUUGUUACUUUCGGUUUAAUAGGAAGUCACACUUUUUUAUUUUAAAUGGGACAGUUGGUAUAUUAUUCGUAUUUUGAUAGGAAAUAAUAUUCUGAGAUUAAUGAUGCCGCAUUUGCUACUUUUUGUUUUAUACUCAGAGGAAAAAUUAGUUUUUUAAAUUUUGAAAUAAGGCCAUAACUGCAUUGAAAGUUUUAAUUAUUAAUCAAAUAAUCACGGAAAAAAUAUUCAUUGUGUUUUAUUACUUGAUAUCAGUUUUUCAGCAAUACAGUCAGUAAACACUUUAAAAAAAAUUAUUUCAAAAAACGUUGCAAAUUUAUUUGAAUGACAAAUAUUAAUUGAACUUGACAAGAUGUCAUGUAUUAUGUCAAUUGAAAAAUAAUUCAAGAAUGCGUCAAAACGCAGCCUCCUAGUCACGACUUCAAAGCCUUCUAUGCUAUUUCUGUUAAUUAAAUGCCUUUAUGUAUAUGACUUAAUUUUUUUCUUCUUUGGGCUUAUUUAUCCACCGAUUUAAAAAAAUAAUUAUACUAAAUUGCUGAGAAAAAAACCUUAUUUCAAAAGUGACUGUUCCUUAUAACGUGCUAUUAAAAAAAAUAAGUAAAUGCCAAAAUUACUGGCUUGGACAUUUUAAAUAGGCGUGUAAAAGAUUUAAGUCAUAAUAUGCAAUGAAAACUAUUUUACCUUGAUUACUUGAUUAAAAAUUAAAACUUUCAAUGCAUUCAUGGCACCCUAUUUUAAAAUACCUAAUAAUAUACCAAGUGUCUUAUUUAAAAUAAGAAAGAUAGUGUUACUUCUGGUUAAGCAGGAAAUAACGGAAAACAACUGAAUUUGUCAAAAGAUGCUCUUAUAGUAAUUCCAUCAAUAUACCAAAUUUUAUUUGUUUAUCUGGAAGAGUAAAAUAGUUAUUAAGUGUCCUUUUUCCUGUGUCACCCGGUAUAUGCCAUUAUGUAAGGAAUAUAACAUAUAAUUUUCAAUGACUCAUAGAUUUGGCUGAAUGUCAGCGAUAUCCUGAGUUAUGUUGGCCUUAAGGGUCUCGUUUGAUUGCCAUUGGUAUAUACCUGCGAUUCCAGAAAACCCCACAAAAAAUAGUCGAAUUGCACAAUCUUGGCCAAUGUAUGUCACCUCUGCGAGAGAUAAUCAUACCCUCAAAUCGUUCACUGUGAUCGUGUCGAGCGUUCUGCUGGAACCACAUGUCGUCCACGUCUAUAUCGUUCAAUUUCGGCCAAAAAAAAAUCGGUUACCAUCUUCUGUAACGGUCGUCGUUGAUGGUGAUUGCGUCAUCCACGUCGUUCUCGAAAAACUACGUACCAAUAACGCCGUAGACCCAAAAUCUCCCUUGAACCUCCUGUGGGUUGGCAUCGCUCCAUAUGUAGCAAUUCUACUUGUUAACAAAAGCAUUCAUUCAAAAAUGCACCUCUUCCAUCACGAGUUCGAGAGCGUUGUCUAUGGCCAUUAACUUUACGUUCUUGUGUCAAUAGCAUCUUGGACAAGUGCAGACUUAAGUCCCAACCUAAAAUUCGCCAAAUUGAAGGAAUUGACUGUCUCGUGUUUUCCUGAUCACUUACCGGAUAGCGGUCAUGUUCUUUGCCGAUCUAUCACUUCUUUGACGUACGGGUCUUGGCUGUUUGUUUACCGAACCGGUCGUCUCGAAUUUAGCCACCAAAUAUUGAUGGGCUACCUACAAUGGGCGCAACGUUCGCACUAACGAACACUCAUUUUUAAUAAUAAAGUUUUAUUAUUUGGACGUGCUACUCACUUCGUUACAAACUUGCCAUGGUGUUUUGAUAUCAGUAACUGAAUAAUAAACAAUAGGUUGGACAAACGUCAACAAAACAACACGGCUGCCACCUUCGACCCGUAUCAAUUGAAAAACCCUAUAAAUAACCUUUGAGAUACAGGGUAAAGUUUGAAGACUUAAGACUAAAAACACUUUUUUAGCGUUCUCGGUGGCGUUCGUGAGCGAUUUGAAUAUGAUUCAAGGAACCCGUAGCAGACCUCUGGUUUUCUUCAACAAAUGAAAAUUAUUUUUAAAAAUCUCAUUUUCAAAGGGAAUCUACUUUCUUAGAUUUUUUGUCUGCCUCAUCAAAAAAUAAAAAACCUGUUUCAUUAUGGCCAUAUCGUUAAAAUCUGAUUAAGUCCUCAUUGUUUUUUUUUUAGUAAAGUAAAUAAAUUAUUUACUUCUUAUCAGUUUAAAAUAUUGUCUUUUUAAACCGUGUGACAGUCAAAAAAUAGGAAAGUUCCUUGGUAAUGAAUAAUUAGAAAAUAAUUUUAAUUUAACGAAAAAACCGUGGCGUAUCACUUUUUGUUUAAUAAUUUUCAGUUUAAACCGCUUUUUAAAGUGUACAAACAUUUUACAAAAAUAUCUGGUGUGGUUAACGAUAAAGUGUUUUUUUUUCUUUAAAUUUUAUCACCAUGUAGCUCAAAGGCAUGUUUUUAUAUUUUUAUUCAGUUCCUUGAAUAAGGAUUUUUUGCCAUAUUAAGGAGACACCUUGUAAGUACUGAAAUAUCUUUUGAGUUGGGUCAUUUGCCGUAGCGGUAAUACGUCUUACCGUAUUUACUCUACUCAACCACUCAAUACAUUAUGGGUUGUUAAGUACAUAUAGACCGAGGUAGAUAAUCUAGAAAAACCGUCCUAAUCCACAAAUUAAUAAUUUAUUUAAAAUGUAACCUACAUAGUUAUGAUUUUCGACUACACGAAUAUGGGGAUAAUUUCAGGGAGUCACAUGAGUUUUAUUAGAGUAAGUGAUCUUAGAUAAAGGAAGGAUUAUUUUUAGUUUUUUCCGUUGUCCACCAUGUGUUUAAAAUCUUUAAAUGGGUAUCAAAAAACUCUUUUUUUUUUACUUUUUAAAUCAUUUAAACACACUCAGUUAUUACCGAAGUACCUUUUUUAAAAGGUUGGUGUUAAUUAUGAUUUAUUUACUUAGCACGGGGUUUUUUGUUUAGACUACUAAAGUUAAAACCGUUCGAUUCCCUUUGAUAUCAUUGGCUAUAUAUUGGAGAAAUGUAUGUUUUUAUAUUGCAGUGCAAAAUGGUAAAAACAGGUCAUAAAGCGUUUCUCCAACUUUAAAAAGUUUGCCUAAACUAUAUUUUGCAAACGAAAGCGAAAGUUAUUCUGUGAACUUUCACGUUUACGAACUUUAAGUUUGCGAUUAACGAUUUUGAAUGCUUAUUGAAAUUCAACUGUUGAGGUAGAGUUAAUAAAGAAAUCAAUACACCGUACAUCGAGACGAAAUAUUGGUCAAUAUUUUCACAAAAAUAAAAUUUUGGCAAAUAGAUUAGCGAAUUUAAAGGGCAGAGUGUCGGUCAUUCUCGUGCAUUACUAUUCUCUUAUCUUCACUUGUAUAAAAUAUCAUGAUUAAUUUCUGUUAUUUGCAAAUAUCUACAUCUUUUAAUAACGCAUUUUCAUUUCUGCUUUUUAUUUAGAGGUGUAGAUAUUUCGGUAAUUUUUUUAGUGUAAUACAUUUAAUCAAAAAAAAAAACUUUUAAGGAUGUCAAGAUUAUAGAUUUAAAAUGAACUUUUUAGUUGGUAUUAUUGCAAAAUAUUUAAAUAGAGCCUUAAUAUUUUUCUUUGUACAAAUUGGGCAUUUUUUUUACUCGGUCUACAAAACGCUUGCAGGAAAAUAUAUAAAAAUAUUUUAAAAAAUAGCCCGGCGUUUUAAUUUCGAGUUUAACAAAUUUAUUGAAUGCCUAGAGCGUUAUAGGAUGCAUAUUUAAUAAAAUGUGGAGACGAAGUGGACUUAAACAAAUACCAGUACGGUGAAGUGCAGUUAAUUCUUCUUUUUCUUAUAAAUUGUAGGAUAAAUGAUAGUGAUAUUUGUAACUAUUACCGUGAUUUUUGAGGUGCCCGUUGGACAAUAUCUUGUUUAAUUUGUCCGAUUUCGUACAGUUUUUAUACAUUCCUAUGCCACUGACCCUUGUAAAACCAAAAAUAUUUUUUUUUUAAAAAAGGGUCAAAGUGAUAACAUCAAACGCAAACAUUUCUGUUAAAAUAAUUUUAAACAGUUGCGGUGUACUAUUUGCUCAGUAUAUUUUUAUAUAAAAGAGAAAUUCGUGUAAAGUAGAAAAUGGUUCACCAACUGAUUAUUCUAAAUACUUUGACGGGCAAAUUAAACGACCAGCGCUGACGGGCUUAAAAUAUUUAAUUUAAAAGAGCAAAACAAAUUUUGUAGGGCUAUUGGACUUCCACAUAAAUUUUUUGAAAUAAACAAAAAAAUAAAUUUGUCUAAAAAAUACUACUACCGUGGUUUUAAUUUUUAGCAAUACAAUUUAACGCCUUUUUUACUCUGAAUAUUAGGUUAAGGGAUAUUUGAAUAGGUUAAGUAAAUAGAAUUGUAGACCAUAAAUAGAGGUAUAAAAUUCCUAUAAUAAAAGAUUAAAAGUU